AUGUCGUACGCAGUUGAGACGAAGAAACGCAAGUUCGAUCGCAUCCUCGAGGCACUGACUGACAGUGCUGCUUCUCCUGCGGGCUCACCAUCUCGGUCGUCGCUCAUCUCCCACAAUAACACCUCCACCCCAUCCCUCACGCAAGACACAGCCUCGGACUCCUCCAAAAGACGCCGCAUAGCACCUACCACCACGGCUACAAAUCCCGCCGCUUCUUCGUCGAAUGACCUUACCGGUCAUUAUCUUCCCUCAAGUAGACCUGCCUUCCUGCAACGGCUUGAAACAUACCGAUAUGUCACGAAGUGGCAUGUUCCCUCUACAGACCCCAUUAAUGCGGCUGCGUGGGCAAAGCGAGGAUGGAUCUGUGUUGACACAGAUACAGUGGCUUGUGGCGCUUGCAAGGAGAGACUCUACGUGGACCUUAGUGUCGACAACGAGGCGCUUAGAGCCAAAAAGCAAGAGGGUGAAGCCGUCAAUGACGAGGACGCAGCAGAAGAUGAUGAAGACGAUUUUGCCAUUUCUUCCGAGGUCUAUGAUAAUAUCGUUCGACGAUACCAGAGUAUGAUCGUCAGUGCACAUGCAGAAAGCUGUCUCUGGCGAAAACGUGGAUGUGAUCCAUCGAUCCAGCGCAUCGAGGGUCUUUUGAACACACACUUGACCUUGUCUGGUCUACGAAGUCGCUACGACAGUCUCAUGAGCCACCCUGAGGAGAUCCCACUUGUGGAGUCUCUCCCCACCACCACUUUGGUCGACCCAGAUGAGCUUGAUCAAUUUCAAUCAAACACAGGGGAAACAACCAAUAUCAACGCUCUCAGACUGGCAAUUUGUGGCUGGGAAAGGAAGACCGAGGAUGUCAUAGAAUGUCGGCAUUGUUUCCGCAGUUUGGGUCUCUGGCUGUACCGCGGCGAUGCGCCUGCCAUUAGUAAAUUGGAUGCCGUGGAGAAUCAUCUCGAAUACUGUCCCUGGAGGCUAGCUGAGGCCCAGGACACUGAAAUCCAGAGACCACACGGCAGCAGGUCUACCGAGGAAGUUGUCUCGCACAAGGAGCGAGUACCGGGUUGGGUAUUGGUAUACCUUGCAAUUGCGAAGAACAAUAGACAGAGACGGCCCAGGCCUCCUGCCUCCGUUACGGCAUCGGAGCCGGCCUCGACCAAAGGCAGCGACGAAUCAAUAACCUCGCAGCAGAGAGAGAAGAAGAUGAAGGACUUGCUCAAGAGGAUGAAGGAGAUCAAAAAGCCUUUCAAUGUCAAGGGGCUUCUUAAGCGGAAGGAAAAGGCCAAAACAUGA